CUAGGAUCGCCAAUUCUUGGCAGGGUCACAGCAACAGGUUUGCUGAUCAGGUCUUCUUUAGAUCCUACAUCCUGCGGUAUAUUCGGUUGCCGUCCUUUGCACUGUUUAACUGUCAAUUUAUUACUUAUUUUGGGGGCCGUAGGUCUUUUAAAUUUUAUGGAUCCGAUAUGCAAUUCAAUUUUGCAUGUUUUUGCCCAUGUAUCUAAGGAUGGUUUUGUCCAUCCUACAUUUUCUUUGCGAACGUGACACUUGCUCUCUCGGGGAUACGUGAUAUGGCGUUAUUCUGUGAGUGCAGUUGAGUUCAAUGUUAGGGCUCUAAAACAGAGUCUGCAGACAGUGAGUGGGCAUUUUACAGCAGAGUUUCUCUGUUCGUUGCACCGUACUGACGAGCCAGAAAAGAGGCGAACAGCUGUCUACGGCUGUCGUGUUGAUAUCUUACAAAGUCUUCUCUUCAGCGCAUGGCGCUACUACGUAGGCCCGUAAGAGUCUCACCCCCAUAAGAGAUCGACCACCAUAAUGGGGAUUACGUUCUCUACUCUUUACCACUUUAUAACACUGUGUGGGUUCUUUAACGUCCUACAUAAUUUUUAUGUGCAAGGGUUGUGAGACAGGGCCUAUGGUUUAUCUUCCGGCCGAGAAGAAUAGAAAUUAAAGUCUAACCUCGUUUGCGGAUGUCUUUACAAAGGCAGCAUUUUCUCCUCAGUUAUUUAAAGACCUUAUACGAGUGUUGGUCAAGCCGGAAUUGAACCAACGGCUUCCCGCUCUGUAGAGCGGCGCCUAUCCAAUUGAGCUAACUGGGCAGCGGUAUAUUGAUGAUGAUGAUGAUAACGAUAACGAUAACGAUAACGAUAACGAUAACGAUAACGAUAACGAUAUUGAUAAUGACAAAGAUAAUAAUAACGAUAAUGAUAACGAAAACGAUAACGAUAACGAUAACGAUAUUGAUAACGACAAAGAUAAUGAUAACGAUAAUGAUAACGAAAACGAUAACGAUAACGAUAACGAUAACGAUAAUGAUAAUGAUAAUGAUAACAAUAACGAUGACGAUAACGAUAACGAUAACGAUAGUGAUAAUGACAAUGAUAGUAAUAAUAAUAAUAAUAAUAAUAAUAAUAAUAAUAAUAAUAAUAGUAAGAAUAAUAAUCAAAUAUACAGCCGUAAUAAUGAAAAGUGGAACACCCGGGUCAUUCAAACUGAAAGCAUUGCUUUAUCGAGCCAAGGGAAAGAUUUAUAGAUCACUGGAUGAGGACAGUGAAGGCUACAAAUAUCUCGGGAUAAGUAGAUGAUAUAAAGCAUUCAGAGAUGCAGUGAAAGGGAUCACAGAGACAGAAUAUUACUGCAGAGUCAGGAAGAUCCUGAAGUCAAAACUAAACGGAGGGAAUGUAAUUGCAGCCAUCAACUUAAGGGCGGUCUUGGUUGUGAUAAGGUACAGGAAUCAUGACUGGACCAAGAAUGAACUUGAGGAAAUGGACAGAAUUAAAAAGACACCACGUACCGAAGCUCCUGACAAUCUAUCGAUCACCCCUAGGAAGAAGUUACAAUAGGCUUUACGUCAUUAGAAAGGAGCGGGGAAGAGGACUUUAAAGCAAUGAAGACUCAGCGCAGGCGGAAAUCGAAGGACAUGGUAAUUUUGUUGAUAGCAUCAAAGAAAAGGUGAUAGAAGCAGUAGCGCAAGGGAAGGUGCUGAAGAGGAGCGAGGAUUUUAA